UAAUAAAAUAUGGGUAAUUGGCAAUUAGAAAUUUUUAAAAUGACAUUAUAUAUGGCCUUUCCUGUAACAAUGUUUCAUUAUUUUAAUCAACCAGAAAAUUAUGAGCUAUGGGUUAAUAAGGUAAGGGAAGAAUUUUAUCCUAAAGAGAAUAGAGAACAACGCAGACUAAUAGAAGAAAGUAUAAGAAAACAUAAUCGAAAGAUAGAAGAAGAACAAUUGAAACUUAUGGAACAAACUAUUGAAAAGAAUAAUUUAUGAAUUUAGAAAUACUAUGCAUUAUGUAGAUAUAUAUAUUUUUCGUUCUUUUUUAUUAUUAUGAACUGUGUAUAUUAUGCGUAUAUACUUUGUGAUGGAUGAUUGUUUAUUAAAUAUCUCUAUUAAAAAUGAUCAUAAAUAUUGUUUCAAACUUCGAUAAUAAAUCAAUGCAUCCAUUUUAGUUGU